AUGCGCAUACGGUUGCCGUUUGCUGGCGUCUUCCUGCUGCUGCUCCUGCUCGCUGGGUACGCCGGUCUCACGACGCUCCAGGUCGGCCACUUCGUCAACGAUAAAGUCCUCCAUACAGUCACCUUCUUCCUCCUCACAGUUGUCUUCUACUGGAUCGUCGACACCAAUCGCCGGCGGACCCUCAACAUGACGCUUGUCGUCUGCACCCUCGCACUCGGUGUGGGCUCCGAAUUCGUCCAAAGUUUCCUGCCCAACGACCGCGACUUCGACAUGUACGACAUCGUGGCCAACGUUGUGGGCAGCCUGGCGGGGGUGGGUCUCUGCUCGUGGUACCACAGGCGCAUGCUCGAGCGGAGAAGACAGCUCAAGACUUACAACGCGGUGCCUGGCGAGGACGGUGCAGACGUGGAGCUGGGCCAUGACCACGAGACGGGAAUAGUGGAAGGCCCAGUCCAGCCCAGGACACUGGAGGAAGAGGUUGACAAUUGGGACGAAAACGCGGCCGAUGACUGGGACGGGAAUGGCGCCGCUGAUGCGUUCGCGUCUCCGAUCGGCAAGAACAAAGACUCUGACGCCCCUGAUUCAGGAGACGCCAAGAAGCGAGCGGACUAA